AGGUUCGCCUCAUCAGACUUCCCUCGGGAAGCAAGUUUCUGGGAUCUAUAGCUUGGGGAGCCGGAGCCGCUUUCCAGAACGUGGAGGGGCAAAACAUGCUCUCAGUGAUCCCCGAGAUCCCGAAGGCUUUAGGAAGCUUUGUGGGGCGCUAAUAGAAGUGCUUUUCUUUCGCGAAUUUUCUUAAAAUUUGAAGCCCGAGCGGACAAUAAAAAACGCGCACAGGCCAAAUUCCGGAGGACUGAGAUUGCGACGAACAACCAGGAAGCGGCUAGGCUGGGAGCUGUCCCCGGUUCUCCACUCUGCUCUCGAGGCCCCCUCCCGGGGUCCUUACGCCGUGUUCCUCUGUCCCGCGUGGUCCUUGCCACGACCUGGGCUCCGGCCCGGGACGAUCACUCCGGAGCCACCAUGUCAUCCGACUUCGAAGGCUACGAGCAGGACUUCGCGGUGCUCACGGCAGAGAUCACCAGCAAGGUUGCGAGGGUCCCCCGACUCCCUCCUGAUGAGAAGAAGCAGAUGGUUGCAAAUGUGGAGAAACAGCUCGAAGAAGCAAAAGAACUGCUUGAACAGAUGGAUCUGGAAGUCCGAGAGAUACCACCCCAAAGUCGAGGAAUGUACAGCAACAGGAUGCGAAGCUACAAGCAAGAAAUGGGCAAACUUGAAACAGAUUUUAAAAGGUCACGGAUCGCCUACAGUGACGAAGUACGGAAUGAGCUCCUAGGGGAUGAUGGGAAUUCCUCGGAGAACCAGUUGAUAAAAUUACGUGAAGAGAGGGCACAUCUGCUCGAUAACACAGAGAGGCUGGAAAGGUCAUCUCGGAGACUAGAGGCUGGAUACCAAAUAGCAGUGGAAACCGAGCAAAUUGGCCAGGAGAUGUUGGAAAACCUCAGUCAUGACAGAGAAAAAAUACAGCGUGCACGUGAACGACUUCGGGAAACAGAUGCUAACUUGGGGAAAAGCUCCAGGGUUCUGACGGGGAUGUUGCGAAGACUAUUCUGGACAUUUCGUAGAAAUGGAAUCACAGAUGAUAUUUUGCGGCUGACUUCUUUCACUCACCAUGUUUUCAAGCUUCAUCCACGCUGUAGCCUGUGUGAGUAGGUCAUUCUUUUUUAUGGCAGAGUAACAUUUUGUUUAUCCAGUCAUCAGCUGAUGGGCAACUGGGGGUUUUUUCCACAUUUCGGUUAUUGUGAAUAAUGCGGUUAUGAACGUUCACAUACAAGUCUUUGUGUGCACAUAUGUUUUCAUUUCUCUUGGGCAAAAACCUAGGAGCAGAAUACUGAGUCAAAGGGUAAUUCCAGUUUUAACUUUUUGAGGACCUGCCAAACUGUUUCCAAGGCAGCUGCACCACUUUAUAUUCCCACAAGAGUGUAUGAAUGUUUGGUUUCUCCAUAUCCUCACCAAUACCUGUUAUUAUCUGACUUUUUGAUUCUAGCUGUAUUCGUGAGUAUAAAGUGGUAUCUCAUUGUGGUUUGGAUUUGCAUUUCCCUGAUGACUAUUGAUCUUGUCAUGUGCUAUAAUAUUGGCUAUUUGCAUCUUUUCUUUAGAGAAAUGUCUGCUCAGAUCCUUUUCCCAUUUUGUAAUUGUAUCCAUUUUCUUUUUUAUUAGUAAGUCGUAAGAGUUCUUUGUAAGGUCUAGAUACAAGUCACUUAUCAGCUAUAUGAUUUACAAAUAUUUUUCCCAUUCUGUGAGUUAUCUUUUAACUUUCCUGAUAGUGUCCUUUGAAGCACAAAAGUUUUUCAUUUUGGUGAAGUAUAGUCUUUCUUUUUGCUUUUGGUAUCAUAUCCAAGAAUCUAUUACUAAAUCCAAGGUCACAAAGAUUUACUCCUGUGUUUUCUUCUAAGAGUUUUAUAGUUUGGGCUUUGCAUUUAGGUCUGUGAUUUGCUUUUGAAGUAAUGCUUAUAUUACUCCUGUGUUUUCUUCUAAGAGUUUUAUAGUUUUGGCUUUGCAUUUAGGUCUUUGAUUUGCUUUUGAAGUAAUGCUUAUAUGUGGUGUGAGGUAAGGGUCCCACUCUCUUUUCUUGCAUAUAGAUAUCCGAUUAUACAACUGUUUUUAAGGGAGGAAAAAGAACUGUGGAAUGAUGUGGUCCUCCACUAAGACACACCUCAGCCCAAUCCACCCUGGAAGCCCAUUGGCCAAUCAGAGCAGGAUGGGCAGAGUCAACUUUCACAACAGGAGAACCACUUCAUGUCUCAUAAGCUCUAGACUACAGGCCAUAGAAUGUAACUCUAUAGCUCAUAAAGUGAGCCUAUUAAUUGGAUGUAAAAAUAACCAGUGAGGUAGUGAUUUAAUCACCUUAACUUAUACUUGUCUCUUAUCUCCCUGCCAUCUCCAGGCCUUUGGGGCAGAAGUAAGUUGUUAUAGAAAGAGAAUUGACCUUUCUGACCUUUCUGUCAAAAGACUAAGAGCUGAUUCUUGGCCACGCUUGUGACCUUAGAGAAGUCACUUAACCUCUCUGAGCCUUAGUUUUCUCAUGUCUAAAGUGGGAUAAUGAUAUGAAAUUUCCAGUGUUACCAAAUGGCUUAAAGAAAACAUUCCCAUGUACAGAAAAGCCCAUACUACCUGAUAUCCAGUUGCCACACAAAGGAUGUGUGCUCACUCUCAUUGUAUUCUUCUCCCCUUUCCACCAUUGAUCAAGCUAAAAGUUAACGAUGUGUCUGCUAUUUCAGAUCAUAGAGGCCAGAACCCUAGAACUCCACAGAGUAGCAAAUUCCAGAGGUACAAACCCACCCCACAAACUAUCCUCUGUUAGCCUCAUUCCUCCACCUACAGCAUUAACCACUGGAAGGCUUAGAAAAGAAUGAUGCCAGGGCACCUGGGUGGCUCAGUUGGUUGAGUGUCAGACUCUUGGUUUCGGCUCAGGUCAUGAUCUGGGGAUCCUGCCUUGGGCUCCAUGCUCAGCACGGAGUCUGCUUGUCUCUCUCCCUCCCCCUCUGCUCCUCCUCCCACUCUCUCUCUUUCUCAAAUAAAUAAAUAAAAUCUUUAUUAAAAAAAGAAAAGAAUGAUGCUUAGACACACCUCAACUUGGCAGAAGGUGUGCUUGGAAGGUGCUCGGGCCUCAACCCAUCUCAGUGUUCCAAGUAGUGUCCCCAGAGCCUGGCAAGAGACAGUUAAUUGGAAAGAAAACUUGUAGCCAUAAGACCGAGUGACAGCCCAUCUAGCGUAGCCUACAUGUUGAGAAGAGAGGACCAAGAGGGAUCUUCAGAGUGUGAACUGAGAUUCUUUUCUUCCCCCUGGGCUUGGAAUUCCUUCCAGUGGUGCCUUGCCACUGGGUUAAGGCAUAGUGUCAUUGCCAGAAUUGAACACCUAACCUGGGGCAGGCAGCAGAGAGCUGGUGGACAUGAAGACACCGGGAGCAGUAAGAAGAGCUAUGCAAACAUGAUGAGGCAUGAAAACCCAUGAGUGGCCUUUGGCAUAAAUCCUAGGAUGUUAGAGCUGAUAGGAAAUCUUAGAAAUCUCUCCAACUCCCUCAUUUGGAAAAAGAAAACAACUAAGUCUCAGAGACAAGGAAUGACUUCGCUGAAGCAAGGCAAGGAGUAGCAACAGAGCAAGGGACCUGAUACACAUGCCAUUGGGCCCUAAGGCCAUGGAACCUGGAACUGAAACAUUUUGAUGUGGAGGGUAUUAGAGAAGGUGUCACAAAAAGAGGCUGAGUGUUCAGGUCUGGAGCUGAGGGCACGGGAGAAUAGCUCAGGAGCUAUUUUACUGGGGAGAGAGAAGCAGAAAUAGGUGAGGCAGAGGCAUGAAGAAGCUCCCUUGCAUCUCUGUUUGGCCAAAGGUUCUUCUCAUGGCUAUAUUCUAUCUCAGUCGAAACUUGAGAAUGCAAGAAAAAGAUGGCGAAAAAUCUAGUGCCUCUGCCACUAACUCUCCAGGGGCUCCCCCGAACCACCACUUCCCCUUCUGAACCUUGGUCUUCUCAUGAAAAAUGAGAUAGGAGUAAAGUAGGUGUACUCUGGAGGCCAGUGGCUCUGCCCAGUCUCCAAGCUCAAGGCCAGAUUGUGCUUAGGGUAGUCCAUUCAUCUGAGGACAAACAACUUUUGUGAGCAUAUUUAGAAAUAAGUUUGGGAUGAUGAUUUCAAGUUCCACCAUUUUUUUAAUGCAUCUAUUCAGGUGAUACAUCUGAUCUGAUUAAUAGAAAGUACAGGAGCCUGAUGUACGAUAUUAGGAGAUAAUUGCAAUGGAUGGAAGUCUCUUGAGUCAAUUAACUCUUAUUACCUGGAAACCAUUUAUAAGAGGCAAUAAAUUAUUGGGACAACACAAUUAGCAGUCCCACAAUAAAAUGGGUUUCAUGUGUGCGCAUAUAGGUGCCCCCCCCCCAAUCUCCUGAGGGCCCAUCAAGUUAAAGGGUACAUGUUUGAGGGGGUCGCUGUGCCCUUUUGUGUUCACAGGAGUGUGUUAACAUGCAGUAGGGCUGACAUAUCCCAGGCUAGACCGAAGCAAUGAAAUAAGCUUUCCACGCCUGGGAACAAUGAUGCUUGUGUCACAGCCAGUCAAUGGCUGCUUCAGUGCCUUGUAGCUAAUAGACUUUCACCAAACGUUGGCCAAUCUGCUGAGUGAUAUUUGAGGUUGGAUGUUGUGAUUCUGUUUAAAGACCAUUUCUAACACUCCCUCCCUUGAAUUUAAAAACUAAAAUCGCUCAGCAUUUAAAAAGCCUUUUUUUUUCCCCUGUCAAGCUACAGGUUCUGUAAUAGCAUAGACAGAAUUGGGAAAAGAAACUUUUCUGUAAGGAUUCUAGAAGGAACUACUGCAGUAGCAACUAAGCUCCAAGAGCCCCACUGAUCUCUUACAUUUGCUUACAACCUAUGGAAGAAGA